CUUAAAUUGAAAGUGACUAUUUGAAAUAUUAGGAUUCAAGAUAUUAUAUAAAAAUGUUAAAACCUAAUAAAAUGAUAAAGAGAUAGGAAUGCAAAUGAAAAAAGUAUACCUAGAAAUAGUAUUAUUUUGAAAUUGGUAAUAGAUUGGAUAAUUGGAAGGAAAGUAUCCAUAUCUUGGUAAAUCUUUUAAUUUAUUGUAACGUAUAAGAUACACAAAGAUUUAUCGAUAGAACACUGAACUAAUAUAGAGUUAAAAAUAGAAAAGUAAUUGAUAUAAAAUAAUGGAUUUAUAGAUAUUGUAGUAAUAUCAAUCUCUAAUAUUGAGAAUAUAUAUGCUGAAUAAGAGUAUUAAUGAAAGUGAUUAUUUAAAGAGUGGAGUUUGAUUGUAAGUAUUUUUUUAGAUGAGUAGGAAUUAUAACUAGUUUAAGAUUUAAAAAAGAAAUGAUAAGGAAUAGGUGAUAUUUAUGGAAUAUUGAUUAUAAUAGUUCUAACAAUCUUGAUGAGAUGAACUUGAUUAGAGAUUAUAAGUUGAAUGAGUUUUUAAUUAAAAAGAAAAACGUAUUAAUGAGGAUGUGGAAAUAAAUCGAAAAACGGG